AUGGAACAAAAUAGGCACAAGAUCAUUGUUGGCGUUGAUUAUGGUACUACGUUUACCGGAGCAAGUUAUGUUAGCACUAGAGGAAAGACCAUCGAUGAUAUCGUCCUGAUUAAGUCCUGGCCCGGACGAGCGAGGCACACCGAAACCGUCCUCAAGACACCUUCUCGAGUCGCGUACGCCACGGAUAAUAAUGGAAAACACCGCUGGGGCUAUCAGGUUGAGCCGGGAAUGAUGUCCUAUUCGUGGACCAAACUGCUCCUAGACAGGGGCACGCCUCUCACUAGUUACGACGCGGCUCUUGAAGGUGCUGCUGCUAUCGGGAUGUUCAGAUUACCAGAAGACAAAGAUGCUGUACAGGUUGCUAGCGAUUUUCUUUCUGGUGUCUAUGAACACAUCCUUACAACAAUCGCAAAGCAAAUCACCGAAGAAGCGUUGAAACUCACACCCCUUGAGUUCUGGUUUACAGUGCCGGCUAUUUGGUCCGAUGAGGCCAAAAGCUCGACGCUGGAAGCUGCCCGAAGGGCUGGAUUUGGUUCAAGGAAGGGCAAUGUCCAGGACACAAUCUGUCUCAUCCCGGAGCCUGAAGCGGCCGCCAUUGCAGCUCUCAGGAGAUCGGUCAAUGAUGGUCUUGGAUUAUCGGUGAAGCCUGACGAUGGGGUUCUUGUUUGUGACUGCGGUGGAGGAACGGUGGAUAUUACCACGUACUUGGUUAAGCAGGUGCAACCCACUCUCAAGUUCGAAGAGCUUUGCACAGGCAUUGGAGGGAAAUGCGGUUCGACAGCGGUUGACCGCAAGUUCUACAAUCUGAUGGGCCAGAUCUUUGGUAAAGCCUUCAGUGACCUUCCACGCCGUCGGACCGCACCUGGAAGCGACUUCAUGAACAAAUUCGAAAUCAUCAAGCGCGACUUUGGCUACCCUUCUGCCGAGAUGACCCACGAGCUAUUUCUGAACAUGAAUCCCAUUGGAGUGAAUGCAGAAUACUUCAACGAAGACGAAAGCUUAGUGAUAGUUUCUCACAAUGAUCUUCAGUCUCUUUUUGAUCCCGUUGUGGAGAAGAUUAUAUCUUUGGUUCGCCAGCAGAUUGUCGAUGCUAAUAAAGAGGCAGGGCGCGAGGUAAUCAAUAGGAUAAUCCUCGUUGGUGGCUUUGGAGACUCGGAGUACCUACGGAACGCAUUCCGGAACACGUUUGGACCGGCUGGAAAUAUCACGGUCACAGUGCCGAACAAUGCACAAGCGGCUAUUGUUCAAGGAGCAGCGCUUCGUGGACUAGAAGGUCUUCGUGCUGACAAUAGGCGGUCCCGUCGACAUUAUGGAUUCACAUGGGCCCAUCGCUUUCGGAAAUGCCUCGAUAAUGAAAAGGAUUCGUUUGUUGAUAUCUAUGACGGAGAUAGAUAUGCCCCGGGAUAUAUGGAAUGGAUGGUUUCUAAGGGUGAACAGAUCCCGGACGGUUACUCCCAACAGGUGGAAGUGUCGAUUAGUCAUCGGGAAGGCGAUGGAUUGGUCUUUGUAGAUAGUCUUUACUCAUGCGACGUGGAACAAGCCCCAACACGGGUAGAACACAAAGGGGUGCAGAAGGUCGGGGAAAUCAUUGUCAACUUCGAAAAGGUUGAUCUGUCAAGGUUUCCUCACAAGGUUUCUGAGGGCAAGAUUCUUUAUGACCUACAUUAUGGCAUAAAAGUUAUAUUCGGGGCCCAAGAGGGAGUGCUGAAGUUCGAGGCGCACUCGGAGGGACAGCUCAUCGGCGCAACCUCGAUUAACUUCACCCAUACCAGUUUCUACUGA